AUGACAGCCACAGCUACACCGACGAAUCAAGCAGUAUCAGAAUGGGUUAAAAUAUUUCCUCGACAAGCUACAGAAAAUUACACAAGCUCUGUAACUUUCAUGAAACAGUUGACGGUUGUGGCUGUAAGUACUUUAACGUAUUUAAAAAAUGCAUUCCCCGAAGAUAGUUACACGGCAGAAUCUUUUGGAGGUGUUAAAUUAAGGAUUCUUAAGAAAAAAUGUCGUGAUGAAGUUGCCCAAUUUUUAAGUACGGCUCUGACACAAGCUUUUGAAGCAUUUGAUAAGAAAUAUUUACAUAAAUUAGCUCUUUGUUUUUAUGAAGACGAAUGUAAGCUUGAAAAUUUAAUCGAGUACCACAUUUUUGAGUAUUCGUAUAAAGACGAUGGGGUGACGAUGAAUGUUCACUCCAAAAAUCGGGACAAUGUCAAACAUACUAUGAAAUAUUCUUUUGAAAAUUUGAGGGAGCGGACUAUCCACCUAAUACGGGCUUGUGUGGUCAUUAUGCAAACCUGUCAAAAUGAGUUGCCUUCGUCUUACGACAUCAGUAUUCGACUUUACUACAAUGAAGAUGCUCCGGUAGACUACCAAGCCCCAGGUUACCUGAACUCUACAGAAGACCAUCUCUCUGUUGGUGACACCAUGAAUCUUGGUUAUGUGGAGACGCGUUUCCAUCGCCUUCAGGCGAAGUCCUAUAUACGGGACCAUCUUAGGGCCAGCCAUGAAGCUAUUCCAUCUCAAAACCCACCCAUGAUUUCCAACGAUAUGGACUUGUCUGGUUCGGGCAUUCGUUCGUUGUCGGAGAAUGAGAUGCAAGUGGUGUGCUCCUGCAACAAGACCGAUGUAGAGGAAGGAGACAUGCUUACUUGCCAAUACUGCAACACGUCCCAGCACGCCGCGUGCUACGGCGUGCGGGCUCGCGACGCGGCGCGCCACUGCUGCGUGGCGUGCUCCGACGCCGACGCGGCGCGCGCGCCCGCCGACGCGCACCUCGCCGCGCUCGUCGGCCGCAAGCGAGAGAGUCUAUCAAUAUUCCGGCGCACGCUGGCGCACUGCGCGCGCGCGGCGCGGGUCAGCGCCGGCGCGCUGGCGCAGCGCUUCCGCGUGUCGGACGCGAACGCGCUCAAACUGAUGAAACUCCUGUACUCGCACCAGAUUGUUGCUAAGGACCCGGAUCUUGACGCUUCGCCCCAAACAAUAAUGGGUGAUCAAUUGAAAUUAACAAAAUCUAAAUACUUUAAUACAAAAGAAGAAAAUAUAAUAGAUCGUCUUCUAGCUGAAACGUUUUCUCAAGAAAGUGUAUCUGACCCACUAACAGAUGUACUGAGCCCUUUAGAAAAGGUGAGUAUUAAUGUACCACAGGAAAAAAAUGUAUAUUUCGAUGAUCCUACAUUAAAAGAAUAUCGCGAUGCGUUACCAACAGACAAUAUAGAGGAACCAGAGACAAACAUAGCACAGACAGUUAAGAGAUCUGUCAAAAGAAAAAUAAAUAAUGAUAAACCUGUUUUAAGAACUGGUGUUAGGACGAAACGUACGAGGGCUUUGCCU